CUACCACUUCAUAUACUUAACCGAACCCAUCCAUAUAUCAUCCAAUAAACCUUACUCUAAACGUCAGCAAUGGCUGCCGCUAAUCGCCUAGUUGUCUUCAUCGCUCUCAUUUCGCUAACUUCUUCUCCAGCUCUCGCCACGGAUGGCAAGCCGCUCCAGGACUACUGCGUCGCCGACAAGGGCGGAGCAGUGCCAAUGAACGGGUUCGCAUGCAAGCCACCGCAGUCAGUAACGCCCAACGAUUUCACCUUCAGCGGGCUCAACAAACCGGGCGACACGGCCAACCCGGCCGGAUUCAAGGUCACGCUGGUGACCGUGGACCAGAUCCCGGGCCUCAACACCCAAGGCCUGUCCAUGGGCCGCCUCGACUUCGGCCCAGGUGGAGUGAACGCGCCUCAUAUCCACCCGAGGGCGAGUGAGAUGCUGAUCGUGAUGGAAGGCUCCCUCGAGGUUGGUUUUGUCACCACAUUGCCGGAGACCAAGCUGAUCACCAAGGUCCUCCAAGCCGGCGAGGCCUUCGUGUUUCCCCAGGCGCUGACGCACUACCAGAGGAACGUCGGCAAGGGGCCCGCCGUCGCGAUCUCCGCGCUGGACAGCCAGAACCCUGGGACCCAGCGGGUGGUCGCGGCGGUUCUGGGUUCAAAUCCGAAGUUGCCGGUGGAAGUUGUGGCCAAGGCGCUUCAGGCGGAUAACAAUGUGGCCGCGCAGCUGCUUUCUAAGUUCAAAUGAUGCGACAGUGACAGUAAUUAUUUACUGAUCAUCAUUCCAAUUUUAAAUUCUUUUGUUGUCUGUUUGUUUAGCGUUUUGGAAGGUUUCGAUUUUACUUCUGUAGGGAUUGAUACGAUGUUUUUAAUGAAUAAGUAGA